AUGUGCACUUUGGAGAAGAGAGGCAACAUCUUCAUCCUAACCCUCACCGGCGACGGCGAACACCGUCUCAACCCGACUCUCCUCGAUUCGAUCCAAUCCUCCCUCCGCCGAGUCCGCCAAGAAGCCACCGCCUCCUCUGCCCUCAUCACCACCGCGCAAGGCAAAUUCUUCUCUAACGGCUACGACCUCGCGUGGGGCCAGUCCUCCAAAGACCGCAUGAUCCUCAUGGACUCCCUCCUCCGCUCCGUCGUCUCAGACAUCCUCACACUCCCCAUGCCGACCAUCGCAGCCAUCACCGGCCACGCCUCCGCCGCCGGCUACACCCUUGCCCUCGCUCACGACUACCUCCUCAUGCGCAGCGACAGGGGAUUCCUCUACAUGAGCGAGCUCGACAUCAACCUUGUAAUUCCCGCCUGGUUCGUCACUCUCGUCGAAGCCAAGGUCCCCACGCCUGCAGCUCGGCGCCGGAUCGUCAUGAGCGCGGCUAAGCUCACAGCCGAGGAGGCGGUUCGGCUCGGCGUCAUAGACUCGGCUCACUCCAGCGCCGAUGACACCGUUGUGGCUGCGGUCGACUUAGCCACUGGUUUGGUGAAGAGAGGUUGGGAUGGACACGUGUACGCUCAGAAUCGGAAGGUCUUUUUGGGUCGCGUAAUCCAGGCCGUUGAAGACAAAUCUGAGAGAAAAACAUACACUCCUACUUCACGGCUUUAA